CGGUUUAGCACCACAGAGUGCCGUUGUCAUAGAAAUCUCAACAAAACAGGCCAGGAGCUCGUCAAUUAGCCCUCCUUAAAAAAAAGCAGAUCUCGGCAUGAUUUAUGGAGGUGACUGGUAACAGCGAUAGAAAAGUCACUGGUGUGUAGAUUUCAUGGCUCGGAGCAGCAUAUGUUUCGCAGAAUGUCCCAAGAAAACAGGACUACCAAGAGAAGUAGUCAAGUGGCUGCAAACUCUGGACUUGGCAUUUUAUCCCAAAAAUGUGCGCAGAGAUUUUUCCAGCGGCUACCUUGUGGCACAGAUAUUUUCUCAUUAUUACCCCCGAGACUUUUCAUUGCACUCAUACGACAGAGGAACAUCGCUUUCUGCCAAACAGUGGAACUGGAGCCAGAUAGAGCGGUCUUUAGAGAAGCGGAAUCUGUACUUGAAGAAGGAGGCCAUUGAUGGAACAAUCCAUUGUAAACCAGGAGCAGCUGAGCUGUUGGUGCUGGAAGUUUACACUAUUUUAACUAAAGGGAGAGUCAGUGAUGUAGAGGGCCCAGAGCCAGACUUCACCGAUGAAGAAUACCAGAACCUACUUCCCAGCCUGGCUCGCUCCACAGCUUCAAAAGCCAUCAAGAACAACCUGACAGCAACAGAAAUCCAGGCUGUGCCUGAUAUAAGCACAAACCAGAGGAAGGCAGAAAACAUCCUCUGCAGGCACCUCGAGCACAAAGCUGCAGAGAGAAUUCUCAACCCUGGACGUUUUAAAGUGAAGCCUAAGCGAAGUCACCCAGCUCCCCACAAUCUUGUUCCACAAAGCCAGAUGGAUAAGUGCUCUGACACCUGUUCACCUGAAGGCAAUACCUUAAAGCUGUGGUCUUCACCAGCAUGGAGCAGAGCUUCUGUUUCCUUUAAGGAAAUAAAGGUCCGUCAGCCAGCCAAACAUUCAUUGGUUAAUUAUUAAAGAUACCGACUGAA